UAAUAUACACAAACAUAACGCGUUGUUGACAUUUCGACGUCGUUGACAUUGUGAUGUAUUUUUCCGUUUAAUCCCGGUUUUGCGUCACUACCCCACUGCAGGCGCCCCCAGUGGUCUUUCCGAUGUAAUCGGUGCCGUAGCCCGUGCGACAGUUCUCCCCCGCCAUGCCCCCAGCGCCCGCCUGAUUUUGGAGGUAAACUGAUGUUUUUGAAAUCGUGCGAUGUCGAGUAACCCCAACCCGACGCCGGGCAAGGUGCGGGGCCCCGGCCGGCCCCCCAAGAAGAUCAUCUCGUGCACGUGGUGCAACGAGAGCAAGCUGCCCCUCAAGUACGUGCUGCCGACCACCAACGGCAAGAAGGAGUUCUGCUCGGAGACAUGUCUCGCCGAGUUCCGCAAGGCCUACAUCAAGGGGGCCUGCCUCCAGUGCGACAACGUGGUCCGGGGCGCCAACAGCCCCUCGAAGGACUUCUGCUCGACGUACUGCAUGAACAAGUACCAGAAGAAGGCCGAGUUGCAGAAUCGGGUGGCUGCGGUCGCCCCCACGACGCCGCUCGAGGCCUCGCCGGGCCCCUUCCAGUACGAGACGUAUCAGCCGUUCGACUGGGACGAGUAUCUCAAAGAGACGAACUCGGUGGCGGCGCCCGCGAGCUGCUUCAAGCAGGCGGUGACGCCGCCACAUAACGAGUUCAAAGUGUCGAUGAAGUUGGAGGCGUUGGAUCCCAGGAAUGUCACCUCCACGUGCAUUGCCACGGUGAUCACGGUCCUGGGAUCCAGGCUCAGGUUGAGGCUGGAUGGGAGUGAUAAUAAGAAUGAUUUUUGGAGACUGGUUGACUCGAAGGAGAUUAAUCCCGUGGGGCAUUGUGAGAAGUCAGGGGGGAUGCUACAGCCCCCAUUGGGUUUUCGCAUGAACGCGAGUUCGUGGCCGAUGUUCCUCACGAAAACGCUCAACGGUGCCCUAAUGGCCCCCGCCAACAUAUUCCAAAAAGAGCCCCCAAGUCCCAAAUGCAACCUAUUCCAAGUUGGGCAAAAACUCGAAGCUGUUGAUAAGAAAAACCCCCAAUUGAUAUGUUGUGCUACAGUCGGUGCAGUAAAAAACGAACAGAUUCAUGUUACGUUCGACGGCUGGAGAGGUGCUUUCGACUAUUGGUGCCGUUACGACAGCAGAGACAUUUUUCCGGUCGGAUGGUGCGCCAAAUCGGGGCAUCCGAUGCAGCCCCCGGGACAGAAAAACAGCACCGGACAUGCCAGAUAUAAGUUUAAGCCGGCUUUGACAGCCCCCAUACCGCCGAUUUCGUCCACGGUGGCGGAGUCGCCCGAAGCGGACACUUCGGCGCCCCCGCCGCCCCCAAUCACCAUUCAGGUGCGGAAAAGCUGCAUGGGGGGCCCCCUGAUCGACGCCACCCAGCUGCCGCUGACAAUCGAAGAAACGACACCAAAAGCCCUAGCCAAGAGCCUCAUCGGCAAAAUUUUAGUCGCUUCACACAAAUCUGAGACGAUUCUAGCCCGACUGGGGGCGUUACGAGGCGAAGAAAUGGUCAUCACCCACCAAAGCACCACCUACACCAUAAAAUUACCCCAAUUAUCGAAAGCUACCGACUUGGAAAACGUCUUCACAGCGCUGGCGUCGGCAUUGGGGUGUUGCCAUAACCUUUUCUCAUUAGACGGUAUGAAGAAAGAAUGUUCCUCGUGUGAUGUUAAACCGUCACCACCGAAACGCAAACCGCCCCCAGAGCAAGAAGCAGCCACUUCGACAACCCCCGGCGAUACUUCGGCCUCCGAAUCGCCACUCGCUAGUCUCAAUAAAAUCCCCACACAGGAGUGGGGGAUUGAAGAAGUGAUACAGUUUAUCGAGUCGGCGGAUUCGUGUCUAGGAGUCCACGCCGACUUGUUCCGCAAACAUGAAAUCGACGGAAAGGCGCUGCUGCUUCUCAAUUCGGACAUGAUGAUGAAGUACAUGGGUCUGAAGCUAGGACCGGCACUGAAAAUAUGUAAUUUGGUCUCGCGGCUUAAGGGCAGAAGGUACAAUUCGCUUUAAGGAAGAAAAGAAAGUCUAUUUUUCCGUACUUGGAUGCAUAAAUUGUGUCAUUGUUAUGUACCUCCCUUAGAGUUAUAUAUUUUUUAUUAUCAGAAAACAUUUUUUUCCUAAUGUUUGUGAUACGUUCAAGUCUCGUUUAUCGGCAAUACAAUUGUAUCGUAAAUUGUAGGUUUAGCGACUCGAUUCUCCGUUCGUUUAUUCCAAAUUGCGCAUUUUCCAGUAUUUCGUUAGGAGCUUUUUUGUAGAAAUAAAUAAAAGUAUUUAAUUUUCUUACCAUUUUGAUUUCAUUUUGAAAAAAUGAAACGUGCAUUUAGCUUAGCUCUUUUAUAGACGACGCAGUGGAUGUUUGGCAUGGGGACACUGCUGUUUGUUUCAAGCAUUUUUACCGAUUAGUUUAAGUGUUGAGAUUGUUUAAAUUUAAUUCUGUAACAGUGAGUUAAUAAAGAGGAAUAUCAAACAAUUAA